CAAUGCACCCUAACGCGAUGAACAUGAGCGAACUCACGCGAGCUGUCCUCAUCCCUCUUACACACCCUCACUCGCGCGAAUCAAAUCUCGAUACGCUCUCGCAGGAUUCGUCAACAUGCGCAUCGAGGAAGUGCACCGCCUCAAUCCACCCAUCGAGGGCGACCCUUGGGAAGUCCAGCCGGUUUUGCGAUCGCUGCUAGCCCGACACUUGGCUGCUACAGUGCCCGACUCCAAUCCAGAGCUCCACCAUGAGCUGCUGGAGCGACUGCGCAGUCUCGGAAAGGAAGUGCAGACGAGCCUGAGGCCGAUCGCCGAGACGUUGGACCCUUGCGAGGGACCCAAGCUGAUCCAGUAUGACCAGUGGGGUCAGCGAUUGGACAAGGUCGUCACGAGCGAGGGAUGGAGAGCCAUCGCCACUUGGCUGGCUGAGCGAGGCGUGCCUGGAGAGGCGUUCGACGAAGAGUACCAACAAGCGUACUUGGCUGAUAGGGAGAAGAGCGCUGGCGGCAAAAAGAGAUUGGGCGGAGCUGCUCGUUUGUAUGCUCAGGCUCGCACCCAUCUCGUGUCGGCAGACAGCCACGUCGGUCUGUGUCCCAUCAGCAUGACUGAUGGCGGUAUCCUGGCUCUGGCUCGAUUUGGCACCAAGGAUCAAAAGGAUCGAUGGCUUGCGCGUCUGCUGCACCGCGGGCCGGGUGCAGCGUUCGCAGGGCAGUGGAUGACCGAAAGAGCAGGCGGAAGCUCCGUCAACUUCACCGAGACGAGAGCUGCGCGACUGGAUGGGGGCGAUUCUACCAAGGGCAAGCCUGGAGACUUGUACCUCUUGAACGGCUUCAAAUGGUUCUCUUCAGCUGCGGAUGGUCACGUCGCCUUUGCGCUGGCCAGGACAUCGGACGAGGGUUCCAGAGGCUUGUCGCUAUUCCUCGUCCCUUUGCGUCGUCAGGACCGACCUGCGCUGCCGGCAAACUUGGUACCCGAGUGCGAUGCACGAGCACCUCAUUCCACACUGAAUGGAGUGCGCAUUCAUCGACUGAAGAACAAGCUCGGCUCUCACCAUCUGCCUACAGCCGAGCUUGAGCUCGAUGGGGCCGUCGCGGAGCUGGUGGGUGAAGUCGGCAAAGGGGUGAAGCAGAUCUCCAACAUUCUCAACAUCACUCGCAUUUACAGCGCCAGUGGAUCUGUCGCAGCUCUCGCUCGCAACCACAAUCUGGCCGUGGAGUACGCCAAGGGAAGAACGGUGGAUGGGGGACACCUGCUCGCGAACGUGCCCUUGCACGUGGCGGAGCUCGCCAAGGUCGGCGUUAUCCAUUCUGGCCUAUCGGCGCUCCUUUGGAAAGCAGUAGCGCUCUACUCAAGAGUGGAAGCGGACAAAGCACUGCCUCACGAAGCAGCCAUGGCCAGGUUGCUCAUUCCCGUUGUCAAGGCGUACGCUGCCACGCUGGGAACGCAGUACUCGGCGGUCUGCUUGGCGAGUUUGGGAGGCCAAGGAUAUAUGUCCGAGACGCCUACAACGACACUGCUCAGAGACAGCCUCGUCGAGACGAUCUGGGAAGGCACAGCUUCGGUGCUGAGCUUGGACGUAGCUCGCGUGCUUGUGCAGACCAGAGGAGAAGCCCUGUUCGAAUUUGUCGUCGAGAUUGAGCGUUCCCUGGGAGAGUCGUACCAGCAUCUUAGACCAGCUACAGACGCUUCGAAGAAUGAAGGCUUUCAGUCUGGCCCAGCCGAAGAUGUCCGAGACCUAUUGCGAGACACUACAGACUGCCUCGACGCUUUGCGAAGUCGCGGCUGGAAAAUGCUGCAGAGCGGUCUGGCCAGCAACGACGCUCGGAUCGCCCGUUUGCUGCUGGAGACCAUCGCCAAGGUCACCGCCAUUGAACAGCUGCUAGCGCACGCAGCUUGGCUGAACACCACUCAUCAGAAUGCUUUCGAAGCUGUCCUCUACGUCAAGCGAGCUCAGCGCUUCCUCGAAUUGACAGGCGGCUUUGAGACGACGAUACGUCAGCUUCAAGUCGAGUCGGCUAGCUUUUCGGAGACAGCAAGCACCGACAGACUCUUGGCUCUCAUCGACGUCCCCAUGGUUGGACCCUCUCCUGCUCAGUCCCUUGGCGCUCUGAGGGCGAAUCUGUAGCCCUUGCCGAUCCGUGGUCCGAUUCACGCUGCUGCACGUGCAGAGCUACAGAAUAGCUAAUGGAUCUCGAUUGCUUCACAGACGGCAUUGAAAGACUACGUCUCCGUUUCUCUUCCGUUGCAAACGCUCCAUGUGGC